AUGCUCUUCAAGAUCCUAGGAUUGUCUCUAAACCUUGCCGAACAACUUGUUGCCGCAAAGAAGCAACGUCGACCUGACUAUGAGCCUUCACCCAACGCAAUACGGCGCGUAUUACGAAUCAUAUGGCUCUCUCGAGAAGGCAAAGUGAUGCUUGAGCAAUACGUCUUACCGAUGGUCGGAAACUAUGGCGAACUCAAGGUCCUCGCUUACAAGCUUCGUGCUUCUUUCUCUCACAUCUUUGCCCUCUUUGGCAACUUCCCUUCAGUCUCUCACCUAGGCAGGCAGACACCAGAUGUAACGGCUGCAUUGACACCACGCAUGGACAAGGGAAAGGGACGUGUCGCUGAUAUGGAAGCUGACUCAAGACCUUCCUCCGUCCAACCAACUCACCCUUUGGAAGGGGGACCUGUGCUGCCUCCACCUGGUUUCGAGAAUCUUCCGUUAUCACCAAAUUUCCUCAUUCCGGCCAAAGACUAUUUACCCGAGGCGAAACAGCACUUCCAGGACGCCAUCGAACUCGCUGACUCAAUGCUCUGGGGAUCGCAUUCUCUUCGCCUCUCCGUCAAGACCGAAUAUGCUGCCUUCUUGUAUGAAUGCGCUCAUGAUGCCGAGGGCAGUCGGAAAGUUGCCAAAGAUACCAUUGCGGAAGUAUACGACGCCACUGAAGGAAUGGACGACGACAUGUUUGGUGAUGCUUGCGAGCUGGUUACGGUCCUGGGCAAGAUGAUGAAACGUGGUCUCGGUAAUAGCAGCACCCCACGCAAGGGUCCAGCUAUGAAUCAAAACUCGGUACCUAGAGCUGUACCUCCACCGGGAAUGGAGAACCCGAUAUGA